AUGCAAAGAUGCUCCUUUGAAGCUGGAGUAAGGAAUUGUCCACCUCAUCACCCCGAAGAGCAGUGGCUCUGUUGUUUUGCACGCCUACAGAGAGAGACUCCAAAAGUACCGACGCUCAAUCGAAAGAAAGAGCAAUCAACUAUAUGCUUAACUCAUGCCCCAGGAAUCCCUAGACACAGAGAGAGGGUACGAGCUAAUCUUUUACUAGAGGGAAAGCUGGCGAAAAGCAUAGAGCGUGCGUGCUACGCUCUCGCCCUCCUUCCAUCCGCGAAGCUGAGGCGGGAGAAAAAGCGUAAUUCCCCGGUGUCAUAG